AUGUGUGCGACGAUUCGCGUCGGGAAAGAAGACUGUGACCCGGUGAACACCUUUACUGGAGAGCUCUAUGGACUCACCAACGAAGAGAUCAUUUGUAAAACUUCCUCUUCAUACGCAGGUCCGCUGUCAGCCCAGGUGCUGGUGGCCGGGCGCGGCCUCUCACAGGUGAAAGACCAGCGGCGUCAGGUGUCCGCCCAGGACACCGUCUACGACUUCCUCGCCGUGCCAGAACUGAGCAGCGUGUCGCCGACGACCCUCGCCGCCCUGGGAGGCGCCGUUGUCACUGUGCAGGGCGUCGGCUUCGACGAGCAGCCGGGCAAGACCCGUGUCCACAUCGGAGGGGCUGAAUGCGGUGUGAUAUCGGCUACUUCGACCCGGGUAACGUGCGCGGCGCCCGCCGAGCAAGCUACGACGCCACAGCUGCGAGGCGGCGCCGGCGUGCUUUACGAGGUCUGGCUGGACGCCGAGGUCGACGACCUCGGUGACCUCUCGUCGCUGACUCCGGACACGGCCGGGUAUGGCGCAGAGCGUCUGCGGGACGCUGCCGUCACCAACAAUACGUUCGGCCAGGACGCGGCGUUUGUCGGUCGCAUGAGCGGCUGGCUGCGCUCGCCGCGGCUCGGCCAGUUCGUGUUGACCCUGCAGUCGGACGGGCCGGGCCGGCUCGCACUCGGCCCCUCCCCGGACAGCCUGCAGCAGUCCCCAGUUGCCGAAACCAAUGGAAACUUCGACAUCAUCAAGAAGUCCGGCGAGAUCAACAUGACGACUGGCCAGUGGACGUAUUUUGAGGCGACACACAAGCAAGGGUCCGGGUACCGGCUGCAGGUGGGGCUGAUCGACUUCGACUCGCCCGUCACGCGAGACGAGUCGCGCGCGGCCAGGACGGACACCCAGACACUGUUCAUCAAGGGCACGCUGCGUCAGGAGCGGCAGGUGCUCAGCUUUCAAGACUGGCCAGCAGCAGGCAGGGACAUCCAGCUCGAAUACAACGGCAUCGUAUCGGGGGUCACGAUCAACACGGCCUCGGCCACGGAAGACACGUGGCGCUCGGCGGCGUUGGACGUGUUCUCGGCCCGCUGCCAGUACGCAGCCGUGGACCAGGCGUGGCUGCAGACAUUCGAGGAGGACUCGUCCACGAUCGGCGGCGAGACGGAAUAG